AUGACGAGCAAAACAUUGUUUGCCUGUGUGUGUACGGUAUUUGUGGCGGCGCUGGGAGUGCCGGAGGCAAGUGCAAUUCGUCUGGAAUAUGUUGUGGAGGAUGGGACUUAUGUUGGUAAGUCGAUAUUCCAGAGAGAGGAGGCAAAAUUUGAUGUGGUCUUGAAUGUGACAAGGGUUAAAAAUUGAAAAAAAACCUCGCAACUCAAGAUUUAACGGACUUUCGCGCUUGCCAACGCAGCCAGCGACGCCUGGGCGGUGUCAUCAGGCGGAAUGUUGGGAUUACCUUACUACAGUGACGAACCUGAUCCAGUCGCAAAAAUAUACCAUUUUGCAUCCGGGAAGUAUCAAAAAAUGUGGCAAAAUACCUCCCUCUUCAAUUGAAAAACCUCCGUUUUGAAGCCCUUUCCUUUACAAAAGGCUCGCCUUUGAAAUCGGAGGUUUUUUGCUUGGAGAGGGAGGUAUUUUGCUACAUUUUUUGGUGCUUCCCGGAUGCAAAAUAGUACCUCCCAGCGCCUAAACCAAGGCUCCGUGGAGCCCCACCAAGAUUAUCCUGGGAUUCCAAAUCGCCAAGGCGUCGCUGCCGGGUCGCAAAACGUCUCUUUACGGCUAUCAGUCUAUCGGGAAAAUAAUGUGGAUUGUGGAUUCUCCGCGCCUUGAAAUCGCCGAUCAUCGCUUUAAGACAGCUUGCUGCAGCAGGAGAUUAGCCUCGCGACUGUUAAAUUUCUAUCUUGCAAGACAUUUUACUGCGUCAAAUCCACAUUACUUUCCCGACAAACCGUUACUACAUUUUUUGGCUAGAAAAAUCAUUUCUCUGCCCUUCAGGAACCAUCGCUGUCGGAACCCCUCCUCAAAGCGCCAACGUCGCCUUCGACACAAACGCCGGCCUCCUUUGGGUCCCGCAUGCCGACUGUAAAUGCGCCGACGAAUGUUAUAACGGUAAGUGAGCCCAUCAUUCAAGGGAACUCCAACAAAUUUCAGUUCCCGAACUCGUCUGCUACGACAUCUGCAAGAGCCAUUGUUGCGGGGGUGAGGAUAUCGAUCCGGGCAACAUAACAGAAACUUCGUUUGCGCUUUGCACCCGAAAGAAUGUCUUCAAUUCCGACGCCUCCAAGACUUAUAUUGACCGUAAGUUCGAGCAAAAAUUGCCAUACUAGUCCGUUCGCAAAGUCGCUGGAGUGAUUUCGGAGAUGUACACUGUGGAGAAAAGGCACAGUGUACAGCUCCCGUCACCGGCUUGAAACUUUUUGAACCAUCGUUUCACUGUGCGGAGAUUCACAGCAUCUUGGCUGAACAUAAAAAAAAAGAUCUUUCGUGCGGCUUCUGUCGGUUUUUGUACCCUGUUUUUGCCCGUACAAGAUGGCGGUACGGAUUGAUUUUUUCCCAUAAUUUUGGAUUAAGGCUAAAUUACUGUAAUUUCAUCGAGAUAUGACAAGUCUUACCUUAAACGAAAGCUUCUGUUCCCAGCUACAAAAUGAUUGCAAUAUUUCGAAAUUUUGUUGUUGUUUACGUUUUUUAUGGACUUUGGAAUUUGACCAUCUCGAAGAGGGACAUUAUUUAUGGGACAACAUAAUAUUUCCGAAAAAAAUAAUCUAAAUUUGUGCCAAGUUUUAUCAAAAUCUGAGUGUCUCAUUCUGACCACUCCCCUGUCAAUCUACACUUCGUUUUCCCUCCUCGUAACGAUCUUAUCCUCCUCUUCAGGAAAAUCGUGCGUCAUCGCCAACGUUCUCAACCAAACCACCAUCUUCAACGCCGCCCUGGACACGCUUCAACUGGGUGCCGCUCACAAGAAUGCCCCCAGAAUCAACGCCUUUUCCUUUGGGCACUCCUCCUCGCUGCCGACCGAGUACACGGACCUGAAAUACGACGGGGUGUUCGGGCUAGCGCGCAACGCACCACGAGGACUUACGACACCGAUUAAGCAGUUGACCAACCGCAGAGCCAUCCGCAACCCACUGGUCACGUUGGCCUUUGGCCAGCCCGAAAGUCCGCUGCAUCUGUAUGAUGCUGAGCUGACGAUUGGGGAGAUUGAUACGAAACGGUGUAAUAUUGACGCCAAAAACUUUUUCCCAACGGUGUCCAAGGACCUGUGGAACGGCAGAGUUUUGAGAACGUCCUUGAAUAACUCGAAUCAUGCCGAUUAUUUGGUAAGUGAAAAAAAUGACGUUAUCGGUCUGUCGGGAAAAUAAUGAGCACAAUGUCGCUGCCACGAUCGCUGAAGCAAAAAGAAAUUUGAUUUUUUCUUGACACAGCUCAUUUUCUCGGCAAGUUUCGAUUGCGUCUGAGUACUCAUUAUUUUCCCGACAGCUGAGAAGAAUGUGUUUUUUUUGAUUUGACGAGUGAUACUAGUCCUUCCGGAAAGUCGCCGGACUGUAUUUUGGAGUUUGCACUGUCUCAAAAAUGAAAUUUUCGUGUGGUUUUCCGACCGAAAAAUAUUUUUUUCGUAAUUAUUUUAUUUCUUUUGUCAACUUUGACACUUCGCUUGGACGAAAUUCACAAGUGGGCGGGAGACAUUUUUGCUCUAUUUUGGGUUGCCGUGCGCAGUGCGUGUCGCCGAUUUCAGCAAGUCGACUUUCCGGAAACGCUGCAGUGACGGACCUGAUCCAGUGGCAAAAAAACGUACCAUUUUUUAUCCGGGAAGUAUCAAAAAAUGUGGCAAAAUGCUUCCCUCUCCAAGCGAAAAAACUCCGUUUUGCAGCCCUUUCUAUUACAGAAAGAGCGGACGCUUUUUGAAAUUGGAGUCUUUUCAUUUGGAGAUGGAGGUAUUUUGCAACAUUUUUUGAUACUUCCCGGAUGCAAAAUGAUACAUUUUUGCCACUGGAUCAGGUCCGCCACUGUAUCACAUAAAAAUUUUCCUUGCUUGGCGAUCGUUCUACAGAGGGCUGACCGAAACAAGACAAGUCGACUUUUACGCCCUGAGCUCUUCCUUUUUGAGUUACGAUAAAUUUCCAGGCAACGAUCGACAUUUCCACUCCUUAUAUCCACUUCCCCAACACACUCUUCGGCAAUAUCCAAAAGAACAGUAAGUACGACGAGCUCACCGACACCAGGACCAUGGACUGCGACUUGGCCCGCAGAUAUUUGAACCGAUUCGCCGUCAACUUUGGCUUCGGGGACCUCGGUUUCAAUACGGAUUUGAUUGUGCGCCCCGACAUCGAGUAUCAGGGCAAAUGCAAAGUGAUGCUGAAGCCGGCCGAGGACAACGCGUUCGUGCUGGGCCUGCCGUUUUUGCAUCGGAAAUGCGUGGUGCUCGACCUGAAUGGCCGAAUCGGCGUGGCCGACUACAGAGAGCCCGAUGAGCCGUAA